AUGCCUCGCACCGAAGAAUUGAACCAGGUCACCCUCAACGCGGAGAGGGACCUCAACUCCUACCAGGCCAAGCAGGGUCUCGGCAAGAAGAGUGACUCAACUGUCGAGUCUGGUGUUGACGAAAUGGUCAACCAACGAUUCUCUCAACCCACAGGUGUGAAGUAUGGCCCUGGCUCAGCCUCCUCUGGCAGCGAUCGCCUUGUAAUCCCGGAGGAUGAGGGUGGCACCCGCGAUGACCGCAACAGACUCGCCAGGGCAGGUCAGUUCGAGGGUAUUGGCGGCCCAGAAGACAAGAUCUAA